AUGAUUCGCUUCCCAUGGAUCGCUCUCGUCUCACUGUACCUGUUACUAUCACCAUUACUCUCCCAUGCGACACCUGUUGAUCUACCUGUCAUCAAGCUCGACGCUAUCGGACAACUUGGCUUUGCAGGCGACUAUGCAGGCAUAUCACCUUUUCGCGACACGAGACAAUUUGAAUCGGUGUCUGAUCCAUCAUCCUCUUCGGUUGUGCUACAAAACAAUCAUACUUUUCAGUUAAUUGCUAAUAACAACAAUGGUGAUAUCCUGGCAACUUGUGCUCACAACAACAAUGUCUACUUUGGUGGAUCAUUCACCACAUUCAAUAAUACGGCCGCCGUCAACAACAUUGUACGCUAUGACGUGACAUCCGAUACAUUCUAUCCCUUGGGUCAAGGUCUCGAUGGCCCUGUACAAUCACUCAUGUGCGACAAUGACACCGUUUAUGUGGGUGGUGAUUUCACUGCUCCUAUCGGCACUACCAACGCGACUCUUUUCGGUAGUGGACAUGUCGCUUUUUGGUUUCCUGGAAACAACAGCUGGGGUCCAGUACCAUGGAAUGGAUUCAAUGGUCCUGUUUAUACUAUCACACGCAACAACGCACGCAAUACCAUCCUGUUUGGUGGUCGCUUUGAAGCAACGGGGGAUGGCGUAUACUACAAUGCCAAUAGUAGCCAAGCCGUCAAUCUCGCAUCGCCUACAACCACCGUUACAGCAGGGAAUAGUGCAUUGAGCGGCAAUUACAGCAAUCCAAAGAAUAUUAUUUGUGGAAGCAGUAAUGAAACACAAGGAGAGCCUUGGUUGCUUCAAGAUGGUGUGCCAGGCUACUGGGAUGCGUCAUUUGGAUAUUCAGUGAAGCCUACCAUGUUUCGUAUCAGCAACGCCAACCUUGAAGGUCGUGGUACUCGUUCAUUCAGUAUCAUUGCACUAGGCUCCAACGAAUACUUUGAACUUUCUUACGUUGAUCCCAUCACCCAUGAAACCACCACUUGCACCACCGAUUGUACACUCUCCAAUGAUACCACCGUGGGCUAUCAGGACUUUACAGUACUCAACUCACCAUCGGCAACGGGCAUUCGCAUUCAAAUCGACUCGUGGUAUGGCCAAGGUGGUGGUCUUGGUGGUGUCGAGAUUUUUCAAUCAGAUAUUGCGGUUCAUCCACAAGCAGGUAAUAAUGGCAACAGCAGCAAUUCUUGUGCAUCAAGUACACCCUCCAGCAGCACAACGACCACAACAGGAGAUUGGCAAUCACAAUUUGUGUACGGCAUCUAUCAAGACUUUUUGACUGCAUCGAUACCUGCAUCCGAAUUAAAAACGACCAAUACAUCCGUUACAUAUGCACCGAACAUCCCUGUGCAGGGCCAGUAUGCUGUGUAUGCAACCACCCCCGGAUGUGUUGGAAGUAGUAGCUGUGAUCAACGCACUCAAGUGGAUUUGACAUUGCAAUUUGCUCCUGCCAUGACGACCACUGUCACCAUCGACCAAACGAGCUAUGACGACAAGACAACCAUGAUUUACAACGGCUUCAUUGCAGCAGCCACAGACGCAUUUCAUCCAACCAUUACGCUCAAACCAUCAGCCAAUGCCACCGCAUCAGGCAGCUCGGUUAGUUUGGUCGCUGAUACUUUUCAAUUUGUGCGCAAUGGUACAAAUGCAACCCUGGUCAGCAUAUUGGAAUACAGCCCACAGAACUAUUCUCAGCACAUUACACCUGCAUGGCAUCCUUUGACAGAACAAUUGGCUCGUGGCUCUACAGUGCGUUCGAUUGAUACCUUUGAUGGAAAUACCUUAUACAUUGGUGGUCAAUUCUCAAGUCCCAAUGGCACCUAUCGCAGCAUUGUUUCUUAUGAUUAUACCUCGGGUCGUAUGGUACCUCUCAAUGACGUCGGUGUCAAUGGAAGUGUGUACGCUGUCGCGAACGUGAAUUCAUCGCUGAUUAUUGGUGGUGUAUUCAAUGGCACAGCAGCUGCCAAUGCUGGUGGAACACAACUCAACAACCUAGCACGUUAUGAUUUGACAACGCGUCAAUGGUCAGCCAUGGGAAUGGGUGUGGAUGGACCUGUGACCCACCUCUUGUACGACGGCAAUGCAACGGUUGUUGUUUCUGGCAACUUUACGCACUUGGUUGGCCAAAUUACGACCCCCCAUCUUGGCAAUGUUGUAUGGAGCAUUUCAGAACAAAGAUGGAUUGAGCCAUCCUCGCUUGUGGUCGGCUCUAUCAUUGGCAACGAAACGAUCAAUGCAACCACAUCCAUCUUGGCAGGUCGAAUCCUUGGUGCACAAACCUAUCGUGCUGAUGACGUUUCUUUGCUUGACACCAACAAUUUUUGGACACCCUAUUUGCUAAACGACUCUGCAGGCGUUAUCAACACGGGCGUUUUUUGGCAUAAUGUGACAGCCGAUGGUCAAAACAAGACUGUAGCGAUCGUGGGUGGACGUUUCAACCUUACCAAUGGCAUUCGCAACUUGGCACUCUAUCAAGAUGGAACAUGGCAUGGUCUUGGUGGUGGUCAAUUGGAUGGCCAAGUCCUCUCACUCGUUCAGCUCAAAGAUAAAUUAUACAUUGGCGGCCAUUUCACUGGGACCCUUGGAGAAGAAGGCAAUAACCAAGUUACUAGCUUUGCCAUCUAUGAUUUGAAAGCACGCAAACGCAUUGAUGUUGGUGGUGUUCAUGCUGCUGAUGGAUCCCCUGGUGUUGUCAAUGCCAUACGCUUGCAGCCUGAUGGCACAUCCAUUUAUGUUGGUGGCAACUUUUCCAAUGUGGGGUCCUUGGGUUGUCCUUCUGUAUGCCGAUUGGAUGUAGAAAAGACGCAAUGGAAUACGAUUGCCAUGGGUAUCGGUGGUAGCGUGUAUGACUUGGCUGUGACCAACGAGCAAGUGAUUGCAGCCGGCGACUUGACAGUGGAUCACACACCUACAGCAGUGGCUACAAUGCAAACGCAAGGUACCUCUUGGAGUGCCAUGGCUCAACAAGAUACUACAACAUCCAUUGGUACUGUAAGAGCUGUUCUCAGUGGUCCAAACAAAGAAGCCAUUGUUGCUGGUCGCAAUGAAACCGCUAGUUUCCUUGGCACGUGGGAUGGACAAACAUAUUCCAAUAUAGAUGCACAUCUUGGACCUUCAAGUGACAUUCGACAAUUGGUAUUUAUGCCUAUUGAUUCUUCUCCAAGUGAAUCUCGCUAUCCUACAGACUCCGAAUACAUGUUGUUGGCAAGUGGGCAUUUGGAUCUCGAUACCUUUGGCAAUGUCAGUGCUGCUCUUUACGAUGGCUCGCAAUGGUUCCCACUCGCACUUUCCACCAAGAUGGAUGGUACCCCAGGUCAAUUACAAGAAGUUUUCCGUGAGACAAUGUGUUGUACAGCGAUUAAUGUCAUUCAUCAUUUACCUGUACCCGCUGUGAUCCUUAUUUCUAUUGCCAUUUCUUUGGGUCUGAUUUUCGUCUUGGUGGGUGCUGGCUUGUUGGCGUUGUUUGCAAAGAGGAAAUACAGUGAGCCUGAUGUCCCAGAGCCUAUGCCACCCUACUUGCCAGGCCAAAACAAUCGACCUUCAAGCUUAGUAGCCAUGCUGGAUAGUGCACAAGCCAAGACAUUGGGUGCAGGCGCUGCCGCUGCCAUUGCAGGUGCUGCUGCAGCAGGGGCAGGAGCAGGAGCAGCAGCUGGACCUUCGAAUGAGAAACAUUUGCAACAAGAUCAUCCAACACCAGCAGCCGCUGGAGGUGCUACAUCAGCCUUUGCAGCAUUGAUGGCAUCAGCAGCAGCAUCCAAUCCUAAUGAACCCCCUAGUGAUGAUAAUCCAAGGCUGUAUCACGCAAAGUACCCAUUCGAAGCAAAGGAGUAUGGAGAAUUGGGCUUUGACGCCAAUGAACCCAUUGUGGUGACUGAUGCCAGCGAUAAUGUAUGGUGGAUGGGAUACAAGGAUGAUGGUACUGGCCAGCCUGUGUCAGGCCUCUUUCCAAGCAAUUACGUGAACGAUUCCAAAUCAUGA